AUGAACCACCUCGUGCCGUUAUCAAGACUCGCCUGUGUCGGACUACGAACGACUGCCAGCCGAGCGCGGCCACUGCGAUCACUCGCCCUCCUCGCAACCUCCACCUUUCCCUCGCCGCCGAGAUCACGACCAUACUCAACUCCUUCGUCCACCACCCACGACCAUCCCACUCCCUCUUCAUCUCCGUCGACGUGCUCGAGCAAGACAGCCGAGCCCGUAUCCAAACCUCGAGCAUGGGCUACAGCGGCGUUCUGGAAGUGCAAGCACACCUGGCGUCGAGCCAGUCUGAACACUUUCCGGUGUCUGAUCGGGUGCUCGAUCGGUGACCUCGGUUCAAUGACCUAUCUCAUGGCACACCAUCCCGAUAUGGACAUGGGCACAUCAAUGGCCAUUUCCAUGGCGGCGGGCAUAUCAACGUCUAUUCUACUCGAAACGUCGUUGCUGCACUGGGGCAAGGACCGGCUGGGUUGGAGCACUGCUGCCAAAACGGCCCUCGGCAUGAGCAUGUUUAGCAUGCUGGGGAUGGAGACGGCGGAGAACCUGGUCACUCUCGCACUCCAGGACCCGUCAACGCCACUGGCGAGCCCCAACUUCUGGGCCAUCACUGCCCUCUCCAUGGCUGCAGGCUUUGUCGCGCCGCUGCCAUACAACUAUAUCCGUCUAAAGUUGUAUGGCAAGGCUUGCCACUAG